AUGGCAAAAUUCUGCCUGCUGUACAUACUGCUUGGAGCUGCAUUGGCCGAGGAGUCCCUUGUUGCAUAUACCUUUGCUGGGCGCGGCAGCGCGGGUGCUGUUGCGGACGUUCUGUCUAGAGUUUUGAAGUUGACGCCAGCAGAGGUGUCGGCAGCCUUUGAGCUGGAAGUGGUCCCCAAAUGCCAGACCCCGCGGCCAGCAUCCGCCAAGACCGAUUUGUGUUUCGACUUGAUGGAUUCGAACGGCCGCGUGCGAGUGGCCGCCACGAGUGGGCCAGAACUAGCAUAUGGUGCUGCAUGGUACUUGCGUACGCGGUGCAACAUGUCAUUCUCGUGGAAUCGAACCGGCGGUCACAACACUGUGCUCCCUAAGGCUUGGCCAAGGGUGGGAAAGCCCAUCACGCGUUAUCGCAGUGUUCCUAUGAGUUACUUCAACAAUGUAGUGACGUUCAGCUACAGCUACGUGUGGUACAACUUUUCGGAAUGGGAGGCAUGGCUGGACUGGGCAGCCUUGAGCGGUAUCAACCUAGUUUGCUCAUAUACUGGGCAGGAGGAGAUCUACCGCAAGACCUUCAACAGCUUUGGAGUCAACGACUCUGAAUUUGCAGCUUGGAGCAACGGCGCUGCGUGGCUUGCUUGGAGCCGUGGUCAGUCGAUGCACGGGAUUGGCAACAAUUGCGGUGACGCAUGCACGCCGCUUCCGCAGACUUGGAUGACGCGCCAGUGGCAGCUGCAGAAGCAGAUUUUAGAUAGAAGCCGGCGUUUGGGCAUCGUCUCAGUGCUGCCAACAUUCCAGGGAAACGUGCCUCCGCUCUUCCGGCAGCUCUUCCCCCAUGCAAACAUCAGCAAGACAGGCGCAGCCUGGCUGGAUGACUUGGACCCCCUGUUUGCAGAGAUCCAGAAGAAGUACAUGCAGACCAUGAUUGCCGAUUGGGAUACAGACCACUGGUAUGAGACGGAUGGCUACUUCAAUCAAAACCAGGGGCCGUGGCUGCGGACAAUGACUUCGCCAAGCAACUGGAAGUCGCCCGAAGACGUGCCUGCAGAUCCAGAUGCCUUUGCUCACGCCAAAGCUGCUUACAAAUCCAUGAACUCCACCGAUCCUCUUGCUGUGUGGUUUUAUCAGGGCUGGAUAUGGCGUGGCUGGGGUCAUGACAAGCUUCCGUUUAUGAAAGGCUUCGUCUCAGCGGUUCCCCCCAGGCAUUUUGUCAUGCUUGACAUGUUUGAUGAGGCAGAUCCAGAAUGGGACAAAUUCCACGAUUUCGGCUACUUUGGCACGCCAUUUAUUUGGUCUGUGCUCCAUAAUUUUGGUGGCAAUACUGGCAUGUGGGGCAGCGUGCCUUCUCUGAACUCACGCCCGUUUGAAGCCUUCAGGGGGACAAGCAAUGUGGCCGGGACUGGAGCGGCACCAGAGGGCAUUGAUCAGAAUCCGUUUUACUACAGCUUCGUCACGGACCUUUCCUGGUUGCAGGCUCCUGCAGACCUGCGCACCUGGACAAAGGACUGGACGGUGCAGCGCUACGGGCGGUAUCACGAGAAGGCGUGUGAGGCCUUUGACCUGCUGCUGGAAUCGGUCUAUGCCAACACCACCAACAACAAGGCCAUUGCGGCGGUCGGGGGCUUCACAGCGGAGAAGAACGCUGACGGACUCACAGCCCUGCCCUUGGGGGGAUCAAUGGCCACACCUCACAAGGACUGGUACUCCUUGGCAGCGGCGAUUCAAGCCUGGGACAAGCUGAUGCAAGCUGCAGAGGACGCGGGGGAGACCAGGGAGACGCUGAAUUACGAUCUUGUGAAUCUUGGAAGGGAGGUGUUGAGCAAGAUGUCCAACAAGAUGUUCCAUCAGCUGCUCAACGCCACUACUGCUGAAGCCGUUGAGUCGGUGGGCAACUCAUUGCUGACGCUACUCUCUGACACAGACCGCCUGUUGUGCUGUGAUGAGGGCUUCUUAGCCAGCUCAUGGAUCCGCAGCGCUGUGCGAUGGGCUGAUGGAAAUCAGACCUUGGAACGAUACUUCGAGAUGGCCGCUCGCAGCCUCACAACUGUGUGGACACCCCAGGAACCAGGUUCGACCGGCAUCACGACCCUUUGUGACUAUGCAAACCGGCAGUGGGCGGGGCAGGUGGGCGGCUUCUACAAGCUCCGAUAUGUGUGCUACAUGCAGCAGGCAAAGACGGACUUUGCUGCUGGCCGCCCUCUAAACAAAGCCUCGUACGAGGCCUGUGUGGCCGAUUCCAGCUAUCAUUGGACGAAUGAUUUCCAGGCAAUCAAGUACCCCAUGUGUGCGAAGCCCACAGGCAACACGUUGGCCGUCAGCAAAGAGCUGUUUGAACGUUAUGCAAAGAAUGUCAACGCCUUCAGCAUUUGGAUAUGA